AUGUCUUCUGCGCAUGCCGCCGUCUCCUGGGAUCGUUUUUAUUACCAAUUGCCUAACGAAAAAGUGGCCAUUAAAAUCCCGUCCCAGUCCGUCACCGUCACUCUUCUCCAAAGUUUUCGACCAAUCAAAAGCCUUGUCGUUGGCUUUAGUUUUGGCGGCUGGCAAAUAUGGCGUCUGACCGAUUUAAAACUCAUCUACACUUUUCAAAAUCCAAGUCUGCACUGUGCCGUUGUUAGUUGUGCUUUCGUGGAACCUUCUGACGAUCCAAGGUUUUGCUGCUAUCUUUGGGUUGGAUGGCAAGCUCCGAAAAAGUUCUCAAGAAGGAGGCGUUUCCGAAAUCGCAUCGAAAAUACCAAUUCUGUCACGCAGGACAUCGCUUACGAGUACGAACACUUCUUUGGGGCCUCUCCUCGUCUUUCUACCAAACUCACAGCACUGUGUACAAGCGAGACUCCCUUUGUAAGCCAACUAAAGGCUAUUCAGCCGCUGUCGUCGAGUUACACCGCCAAUCGGGGUCUACAUUCAAGUAGACUGACAGCUAUCACAUGGCGUGCCACCGCCCACAUCGUGCGUAUCGGCUUGUUCGACAUUAAUCGGUGGUAUCAUGCUCAAAUGCCCUCUUCAAUUUGGCCGGACAAUUCAUUUUUUGCUGUCUAUGAUGCUGCGCUAGACUCUUCGAAAUCGUAUCCGCUGGUUCAACUGCGGCCCUCGGUACACGCCUUUGAGGCCCUUGUACCCUUCGUCUUUGUUGGCUCCUCCCAUCAGCGGCCCGAUGACUGCUCUCCCCACCUGACUGGCAACUUUGUCUCUCUGAAAUUUGUGUCUCGUCAGGAGAAGUGUUUGCAAGACCUCACCAGGGCCUGCCUUUCGGAGAAACCGGCUUCACAACCGCGUCACCAGCCACCGUCCUCGUCUGUCUUCAAUGUCUAC